AUGGACCCUCGUUACCACCGCACGCCCUCGCCGGGCCAGCCUGUCCAACAUGGCUACCAGUUGGAGGACAACCCGUUCAACAACGGCCAAUAUCACCAGUCUCAAGCAUCGCACCUCGACGACCCCUACGCGAGGCAAAACCAGCUUGAUGUCCCUCUGCCACCUCCGGGCCGUUUUGGCACACCCAGUGACAACCUUCAACUCAACGCUGCUCACUCAAUCGACAACCUGAGCGGGUACGAUUCAAGGAGUCACCAAGGCGACUACGGUGUGAACCCCGAAGCCCAUCACGAUGCCUACUACAACCAGCCCUACGAACCCUCUCCCCAUGACCCGAAUAUGCCUUACGACCAGCCCACGGCGUAUAGCGAGUUUGACGACAACCGCCCGAUGCUCGGUCACCAAGACAGCUCUCCCGCAGAUCCUUAUUCAGACACCCCUACACCUCAGCCCGCCGGCGGUAUCAAGAGAUGGAAGACGGUCAAGCAGGUGCUCUUGUACCGUGGAAACUUGGUUCUCGACUGCCCUGUGCCUCCGAGGCUCCUUAACCAGCUGCCUCACGGCGAGCGUGACGAAUUCACCCACAUGCGCUACUCCGCUGCCACUUGCGACCCCAACUACUUCUACGACGACAAUUUCACACUCAGACAGAAGCUGUUUUCCAAGCCGAGACAUACCGAGCUGUUCAUCGUUGUUACCAUGUACAACGAGGACGAGAUUUUGUUCGCGCGGACAAUGAUUGGUGUGCUCAAGAACAUCGAGUACAUGUGCAAUCGGAAGGAGAGCAAGACCUGGGGCAAGGACGCAUGGAAGAAGAUUGUCGUCUGCGUAGUCAGCGACGGUCGUGCCAAGAUCAACCCGCGAACAAGAGCGCUGCUGGCCGGUAUGGGUGUGUACCAGGAGGGCAUUGCGAAACAACAGGUUAACGGCAAGGAUGUUACCGCUCAUAUCUACGAGUACACGUCCCAGGUCGGAAUGUCGAUCAAGAACGACGUCGUCACCCUGGUGCCCAAGCAGCAGCCCGUUCAGAUGCUGUUCUGCUUGAAGGAAAAGAACCAGAAGAAGAUCAACUCCCACAGAUGGUUCUUCCAGGCGUUCGGCCGUGUUCUGGACCCCAACAUUUGCGUCCUCAUCGAUGCCGGUACCAAGCCAGGAGGAAACUCCAUCUACCAUUUGUGGAAGGCCUUCGACCUGGAGCCCAUGUGCGCAGGCGCAUGCGGUGAGAUCAAGGCCAUGUUGGGAACUGGUGGAAAGCACCUUCUCAACCCUCUCGUUGCGACACAGAACUUCGAGUACAAGAUGAGCAACAUUCUCGACAAACCCCUGGAAUCCGCUUUCGGCUUCAUCUCUGUCUUGCCUGGUGCCUUCUCCGCCUACCGCUACGUUGCCCUCCAGAACGACAAGAACGGCCAAGGUCCCCUGGAGAAGUACUUUGCCGGUGAGAAGCUCGAGGGUGCCGGCGCUGGUAUCUUUACGUCAAACAUGUACCUCGCUGAAGAUCGUAUCCUUUGCUUCGAGCUUGUUACCAAGCGCAACUGCCACUGGAUUCUGCAGUACGUCAAGUCCGCUACUGGCGAGACUGACGUGCCAGACACCGUCACGGAAUUGGUUCUCCAGCGUCGUCGUUGGCUGAACGGAUCCUUCUUCGCUGCCAUCUACGCCAUUGCUCACUUUUACGAAUUCUUCCGGUCCGAUCACUCCCUGCUGCGCAAGCUCAUGUUCUUCGUCGAGUUUGUCUUCAACACUAUCAACAUGAUCUUCGCCUGGUUUGCUAUCGGUAACUUCUUCCUGGUUUUCAAGAUUCUUACUACGAGUCUGGGCGACGACGACUUGCUUGGUAGGACAGGCGAGAUCCUUGGCGUUGUCUUCACUUGGCUCUACGGUAUAUCUCUGAUCACAUGUUUCGUCCUGUCGAUGGGUAAUCGUCCUGCGGGAUCCGGGCCGUACUACAUUACGAUGGUCUACUUCUGGGCAUUUAUUAUGAUCUACUUGCUCUUUGCAGCCGUCUUCAUUGCCGUUAAGGCCAUUUUGAAGGAUGUGAACGACUCCACCGGCUUCAGUGUGAACGAGCUCUUCACAAACCCAGUCUUCUACACCCUCAUCAUCUCCGUCUUGUCGACGUACGGUAUCUGGUUCAUCGCCUCGUUGCUCAUGUUCGACCCCUGGCACAUGUUCACGUCGUUCGUGCAGUAUAUGCUCCUGACGCCUACGUACACGAACAUUCUCAACGUCUACGCUUUCUGCAACACUCACGACAUUUCCUGGGGUACCAAGGGUGACGACAAGGCCGAGAAGCUACCGACUGUCAGCACCAAGGAUGGCUCUGGAAAGACCGACCUGCCAGAUGAGGCCGAUUUGAACGCUCAGUACGAGCGUGAACUCGGCGUCUUCAGCACCAAGUUUGUCGCGGAGGUCAAGGCACCCUCGGAAGCACAGAAGGCAGAGGCGCAGAUGGACUACUACCGUGGUGUUCGUUCCGUGGUCGUGCUGGCCUGGAUGAUUACCAACUUCGGUCUUGCGGCCGUCGUUCUCAGUGCGGCUGGCUUGGAGCGUAUCAGCCCCUCGUCAAACAGCACCGAAGACCCCAACGGCCGCGCCAACAUCUACAUGUCCGUCGUGUUGUGGUCUGUCGCCGGUCUCUCGGCCUUCAAGUUCAUCGGCGCCAUGUGGUUCCUCGUUGUCCGCAUGUUCAGAGGCGUCUAA